UCUGGUCAAAGGUCCUCUCCAGUACUAAGACUGUGACCAGGAAGGAGUUAACCAGAGGCCAGGCUCUGGGUCAGGAAGGCGAGGGUUAACCUGGGGGGUGGAGGCUGUCUCGGCUUUUCCUGUGGAGAAUGAGGUUUGGCGGACACCAAAGUUACUUCCAGUCCCUGUUGUCCGUCCUGCCCUCGGUCUGGCCCUGCCCAGGGACCCCUGCAUUCGUCCUUCCUACACAGAGGUCCCAGGGAGCCCCAACCAAUUGCUCUUGGCUCCUCAACUAGCUGCCUACCUUCAGUGGCGUAUGGGGUAUUGUCCUACCCAGCUCUCCUAAGAUGCUUCUGGCCUCUCCUUCCACCCCGUCCAGAGGACGGACCCCCAGCGCAGUGGAGCGCCUGGAGGCCGACAAAGCCAAAUAUGUCAAGACUCACCAAGUGAUAGCGCGACGCCAGGAGCCAGCUCUCCGCGGGGGACCUGGGCCACUCACCCCGCACACCUGCAACGAGCUGGGGCCCCCCGCAUCACCCAGGACACCCAGACCCACCCGCCGGAGCAGUGGCAGGCGGCUACCAAGGCCUGACUCCCUCAUAUUCUACCGCCAGAAGCGGGACUGCAAGGUUUUGGUGAACAAAGAGAACGCCAAGGGCCAGGGACUGGUGCGGCGCCUCUUCCUGGGCGCCCCCCGAGACGCCGCCUCGAGCAGCCCUGGACCAACGGAGCGACCCGCGACUCCUGGGAGUUGGGCUGCACCCCAAGAUGCCCCGGAAGGGGUGGGAAAGCGGGCGCUGUGUCCCACGUGCUCGCUGCCCCUGUCGGAGAAGGAGCGCUUUUUCAACUACUGCGGCCUGGAGCGAGCGCUAGUAGAGGUGCUGGGCGCCGAGCGCUUCUCCCCGCAGAGCUGGGGCGCCGACGCCAGCCCCCAGCCCGGGACGUCGCCGCCUCCUGGCUCCGAGGACGCUAGUGACUGGACGCCCAGCGACGGCGGCGCGGAUCGCGCGGACGCUGCGGGCGGCGGCGGUUCCGCAGCCGCGGGCUCUGCGCGGGACGGGCGCCCCCCGGUGUCCGUGGUGGAGCGCAACGCGCGCGUCAUCCAGUGGUUGUACGGCUGCCAGCGCGCCCGCGGCUCGCCGCGCGAGUCCGAGGUGUGACUGCGGCGGCCCGGGAGCUGGCUCCCAGAGAAUCAGGGGUCCUGACAGGGGCAAGAAGCGAGCGCGGGGCUGGACCUGAGCACGGGCAAGGGCGCCCUGUCUCUGAAGCGCCGGGUGUGUUAGAAAGCCCUUCCUUUUGAAUCUCUGUUUCCCCACGUGAACCUUGGAAAGGUGGGACAAAAUUAUCUCGAGGUCUUUCCCAGCACAGGCAGUGGAAAGGGAGGGGGCGGCCUCUGCGCCCCUGUGGAGACCAGGUCUGGGGAGUGAAGACAGGUGGGAGAAAAGAGAAUCUGCUGAAUAAUAAAAGAAAACGUUAUGUAAAGGAGUCACGAGGUUGGAUUAGAGAGCAGACCGAUGGGGAAGGGAGCGAAGCGAGUUUGCGUUUAGCGCAUAGGUUUCGGAGUGUGGGUUCCAGGCUAACUCUGUGACCCUGGACAAGCUCUAACCUCCCAGGAGCGCAGCUGCAUCCCUUGUGCAUAAAAGUAUUUUCGAUGUGGUCAUAAAGCACAUAACAAAAUGGUCGGUUUACAGAAAGUACUCAUUAAAUAGUAGCUGUUAUGACCACUAUGGAAUUAGUAUUAACACUGUUAUGGCCAUUCUGGGGAGGGGAUGUGCUCCAGAAAUCUGGGGUCCACCUCACCUAUCCGGAAAAGGCCCCCUUUCCUGGAGCUUUGCUGUCCAACUUUGGUUAUGAAAGGGUGGAUGUGGAGGAUUCAGAAUUGAGGACAAUAAGGGAAGGAACCCUUCAAACUAGGAUUUUGCCACCUGCAGCCUCACAUCCUGCCACUAUCUUCCUUUCCCUCAAAGACACACAAGGUCACCUGUUUUCCUCACAUGUUCACACCUCUUAAGUCUUGUCAUUGUCCUCUCCCUUUGCCUGGAUUACCCUCCCCUUUCUCUCCACUCAUCCUUCUAAGAUUACGUAUAUUCGUUCCCCCUCAGGAAUUCCUGAAGUCCCCAGUCGGCCUCAUCAAUUCCGAGCUUCCAAAUACAGCCUUAUUUUUGUGCCUCGA